AUGCAUAUGAGAAACGCUUUUCACCAGAUCUUCGAUUUUCUUCUAAACACAGAGAAUGUGGAGAAGAAGAAGCGAACCGAAAGAGACAUUGAUUUCCGUGAUCUUCUUGAAGAAUCACUUGAGCACAUAAGCAGUGCCUCCGAAGACGAAGACAACGUAGCUCACAGACACAUAGCGAAGGCCAUCAUCCACAGCUGUUUCUGGGAGGAGUCCCUUAAAUCCUACGGAACUCCAGGAGACUUGACCCCGCCCGAGAAACAAAAGAAUGGCAACUUGAGACUCCUUGUCAAGCACCUGCCCGAUGAGGCAAAGAUGGCACUGGACAAAUGUAUGGCAAAAGAUGGCAGCAUGGAGGGGGCUCACCAGCGGGGGUACAUCGUGCGGUACUUGGACCAAGAAUACUUUGUCGGAGUCAACCCCAAGAAAGCCAAGGGCACCUACACUCUAAGCCGCUCAGGGGAACAGCUGACGAAGGGCGUGCGUGUGGGGGGGGUGAGUCGAGCGUGGCGGGAGGACCACGUGGUAGCCUGGAUGACUCGCUACGAGCGCCACGGACUCCUUCAGCAUCCUCUAGUGACACGCUGGCUCGACUACAAGUGGCAGUCCUACGUUAGCUAUGGUCUCUACGCCUGUAUCGUCCUCGCGUCGGUCCUGGCCUUGCUGCUCACUGUGUUCACUGCUAUUUCGUGGGAUUGGAGCUACUUGAAGCAAGAAUACAACUACACACAAGACAUGGUCUGUGCUUUCGAAUCAGAGAAAAUAGUUGGACCGGAAGUAGAGACUUUGCUGAGGCGAAAGGGCCAUUCUCCUCUCGUCCUCAGUUACAUCAUCGUUGCUUUACUCGCUCUUUGGGCGGUGCAUGAUUUGUAUAGUUUUGCAAUGCUGAGGAAGAAAUAUUUCACCAAAGAGAACGUUGCCUUCCUUGCAUGUGCAAUUGCAAGUGUGGUUUUCGUUAUGAAUUUCAGUCAUUGUUCGACGGAGAUGCACCAGGCAGCGGAGGCGGGCGACGAAAUCCGUCUGCGUCGCCUUCUUGAGGAAAUGCAAAAAGACAUCAGCAAACAAGACGAAAAUGGUCUCACGCCCCUCCAUCUGGCCGCUAAGAAGACACGCCUUCGGUGCUGUCAGAUCCUCCUUGACGUCAGCCACAAGGAAAUCAAUGUAAAGGACAGAUCAGGCAACACGCCCCUGUUACUCUGCAUCUCAAAUAAGCCGGGGUCGUUCGAAACGGCUAAAUUGCUCAUUUCGGAGGGCGCUAACGUCAAUUCUUCGAACAAAGCAAAAUUAACCGCUCUACAUACUGCGGCCGAACGUGGAAACCUGGAAGUUCUUCAUCUUCUCCUGCUGCAGAAGGACAUCGCGCUGAAUUCGGAAGAUUCAGAAAGGCACACACCCCUCCACCUGGCGUCCAAGGCGGGCCACUGGAAAAUCUGCCAAGCCCUUCUGCUGGCCGGUGCGGACGUGGCAGCUUGCAAUGUCCGCGGUCUGACGCCCCUGCACAUCGCCGCAAAAAUGGGUUUCUCCGAGUGCGGUAAACAUCUGCUUUCAGCGGAAGGUGUCAACAGCCCCGACGCGCAGGGUAAUACUGCCCUGCACUUGCUCUGUGCUUCAGGGAAGAACAGUCCCGAGUGCGCCAGGGUUCUGUUCGAGGGCGGGGCCAGUGCUGACUCGGAGAACAAGAAAGGAGAAACGCCGUUCCAUGUGGCGCAAUUUUCGCGCUUUGACGUAAAAAAGACUUUCCAGCACCAAGAGGUAGAUCUGUUCCUCCGAGACGCCAGUGGGAGCACAGCCUUGCACUACGCAGCGGACAGGCGGGAGUCGAAACACGUUGAACUCAUCCUGCUGAUGGCCCGGGAGAGGAGUCUGGACGUGGUGCGACUGGUUAAUGUGAGGAACGAAGCUGGGAUGACGGCUCUUCAUGUAGCCAUCGCGCGAGGAGAGAGGGAUAGCUGCAGGGCGCUCUUAAAGGCCGGGGCAGAUGCCACGAUAUCCUGUGAAUCCUUAGGCCCUCCGAUCAGCAUGGCAUCUCAGAGGGGACUGCAAGACAUGUGAUAUCCUUACAGAAAAAUGAGUAAAACACAUUAAGAUGUGCAGAUAUAAAUAAUUGUUUUUGUAACAUUACUGAAUUCCAUAAAAUAUUUCAGUGUUUCAGUUUUGAUGAGUAGUUUUGAUUAAAACUGAAUAUUAAA